AUGCCCGACGAUGACAAGCGCCGUGAUACGAGCAAACAGCCCGCCGACAAUGCGCCAUCAAGAGCUACGACACCUGGGCGCAGCAUCUUCGCGUUGCCAGCUCCCUUAAAGCGCAUCUUCGACCAAUUCCCUCUCGUGACCUACGAUGCGAACGAGCUGCCAGAAAGAGCACCGAAGACGAGAAAUCAGCAUGUUCUUCAUGUCUUUACGAAUGAGAAAGAUGCGAUUGAUGGCCGUCCAAGCUUCAAUCCUGGUUGUCUGAAGUGGCAGACGUAUCUGAGAUUCUUCGAUAUCCCAUUUCGAACGGUGCCAUCAUCCAACCAUGCCUCGCCCAGCGGGAUGCUACCUUUCCUCCAACCUGCCGUCUCCACUCCUGAAACAAUCAAUGCUCUCGACCCGAUUCCAAGUAAUAAGCUAAAGAAGUGGCUUGUUUCGCAAAAGACGGUCAAUAGCGUGGAAGAGUCUGCGGACAUCAGAUAUGAGGCGUAUGCAUCGUUGCUGGACAAUCGGAUACGGAAAGCUUGGCUCUACCAGCUUUAUCUGGAGCCACGAAACUCACCGCUAGUUAAAAGACUCUAUAUCGCCCCAUGCUCCUCUCAACCAUUGGUACAAAAGGCCAUCGCACACCAACUCCGCUCAGCCGCUGCAUUAGAGCUCGAGAAAUCAGCAGGCAGCAAUGUCCUAUCGGCUUUGGACUUAUUGAACGACGCCGAAGAAGCUUUUCAAACACUAGCGGAUUCACUGGGACAGGAUCAAUGGUUCUUCGGCCAAAAGUAUCCAGGCUUGUUCGACGCCAGCGUUUUUGCCUACGCGGGUCUGAUUUUGGACGAGGCUUUCGGCUGGAAGCACAAUCCAUUGCAAGAGUUACUGUCGAAGCACGAGAAUCUUGUGGACCACCGGAAUCGAGUCACCGAACUGUACUAUUAG